AUGGGCAUUGAUGAUCUUCCUCGUGAUGCGGUAGCAGAGAUCCAAAGCUCCACGGUUGAAACAGAGAAGCAACCAUUCUAUCGGAAAGUGUUUUUUCAGGCCACUGUCGUGGGCAUAUGCGCUUUUCUUGCGCCUGGUCUUUACAAUGCAAUGCAAUCCACAGGGGCAGGAGGUCAACAAACACCAUAUCUCGUGAUGGCGGCCAACUCGGUCCUUGGUGUGAUGAUGGUUGUGACAUGCCUUUCGGGGAGCUUGGUAGCGAAUCGUGUAGGUUUGAAAAGCGCGCUGAUUCUGGGCACGACUGGGUAUUGUGUGUAUGCGGCUUCGCUCUAUACUAGCAACCGAUAUGGAACUGAAUGGUUUGUCUACCUUGGAGCAACGGCUUGCGGUAUAACAGCUGGGAUCUUCUGGGCAGCCGAGGGAGCAAUCAUGAUAAGCUACCCGAUUGACUCGCAGCGAGGUAGAUAUUUGGCAUACUGGCUUGCUUUUCGAAACAGCGGAUCAAUUGUUGGUGGCAUUAUCAAUCUCGCAUUCAAUUUCUCAGGGAAAACCACAGGAAAACUUGACUGGAGAACAUUUAUUGUAUUUGUGGCACUGCAAUGCCUGGCACCCUUCGCCGCAUUGUUGCUCUCCCCUGCCGACAAAGUCAUACGCGCAGAUGGCCAAAAGGUCAAAACCGCGAAAAGGAUCAAGACAAUUGACGAGUUCAAGGAGAUCCUCAAAAUUCUGAUCCGCAAAGAUUUUCUUCUUGUUGUCCCAUUCUUCUUUUAUGCCACAUUCUUGCUUUCUUACGCCGGCUCGUACCUUUCGCUUUACUUUAGCGUGCGCGCGAGAGCGCUAGCCUCGCUCAUUGCUGCACUAGGUCAAAUCACUGCCAACCUUUUCUUUGGAUCUUUCCUUGACUGGAAUCGAUUCACCUUGGACCAACGGGCCCGUUACUCGUAUAUUUUUAUCAUGGUUCUUUUUGGAGGAACGUGGAUAUGGGGAGCCGUUGUGCAGCACGGCUACGAGAUACAUGCCCCCAAGCUAGAUUGGGCUGAUCCUGGCUUUGGUCGGGGAUGGGCAUUCUAUAUUAUGAUGCAGGUCAACUUUGCCCUGGCAUAUAACUAUGGAUAUUGGCUAGCAGGCUAUAUGGCUCGUGACCCCGCUGAGAUUGUACGGUUAACUUCGACUGUACGUGCAGUUGAAGCAGCCGGCGGGGCUGUUGCAUCUGGCAUAAGUUCUACUCACGCACCACUUAUUGCUGCGAUGGGUGUUAACUUUGGACUUUGGGCAAUUGCUUUGAUACCAACCUAUUUGGUUACCCGGAAGAUCGGGAUAGUCAAAGAGGGAUUUGAUUCUGAGAUCUAUGAUUCAUCGGUGGCGAAGAACUCUGAUCAUCAGGCUCAGCGAGACACGACUGUCAAAACUGACAGUACUUGA